UUUUAGUAAAAUUUAUAGUCUGAAAAAUAUUGAGGGAUAAGAUGAAGAAAGGGAAAAAUUCGCGACGGCUCUCAGUCUCAGGGCAAAAUCAGAUAGGUUCUUCCUCUACUGAAUUAAAAGUCCAAGGUUAAUUUUGCUUCUUUCUGGUUCUGGAAGUCCAAGAUAAAUAUUACUUAUCCAUAGGAGGUGGGGUUCGGUUAGGCUUCAGGUUUGCAGUUGUUUGGGUCGGGGGCAGGGCAGGGUUGGUGAUAAAUAAUAAAUCGGAAAAUAUUAUUAUUGGGGGGAGAGAGAGAGAGAGAGAGAGAGAGAGAGAGAGAGAGAGAUGGGGGCCAGUAGGAGUAGCGAUCCGAAUCAGGACGGGUCAGAUGAGCAGCAGAAACGAUCGGAGAUCUACACGUAUGAGGCGCCAUGGCACAUCUACGCCAUGAACUGGAGCGUCCGUCGGGACAAAAAGUACCGGCUGGCCAUCGCAAGCCUCCUGGAGCAGUACCCGAACCGAGUGGAGAUCGUGCAGCUGGACGACUCAAACGGGGAGAUCCGGUCGGACCCGAACCUGUCGUUCGAGCACCCGUACCCGCCGACCAAGACCAUCUUCAUCCCGGACAAGGAGUGCCAGAAGCCAGACCUGCUGGCCACCUCGAGCGAUUUCCUCCGCGUGUGGCGCAUCUCUGGGGAGGACGAGGAGUCUGACUCCUCCUCCUCGUCAGUGGAGCUCAAGUCCCUCCUCAACGGCAACAAGAGCUCCGAGUUCUGCGGGCCCCUCACCUCCUUCGACUGGAACGAGGCGGAGCCCAAGCGCAUCGGCACCUCCUCUAUCGACACUACCUGCACUAUCUGGGACAUAGAGCGCGAGGCGGUGGACACCCAGCUCAUCGCCCACGACAAGGAGGUGUACGACAUUGCCUGGGGCGGCGUUGGUGUCUUCGCCUCCGUCUCGGCAGACGGCUCCGUGAGAGUGUUCGACCUGCGCGACAAGGAGCACUCGACCAUCAUCUACGAGAGUUCGGAGCCCGACACCCCCCUGGUCCGGCUGGGAUGGAACAAGCAAGACCCCAGGUACAUGGCCACCAUCAUCAUGGACAGCGCCAAGGUGGUCGUCCUGGACAUCCGCUUCCCGACCCUCCCAGUCGUCGAGUUGCAGAGGCACCAGGCCAGCGUCAACGCCAUUGCCUGGGCCCCUCACAGCUCUUGCCACAUCUGCACUGCCGGAGAUGACUCCCAGGCUCUCAUCUGGGACCUCUCCUCCAUGGGCCAGCCGGUGGAGGGUGGCCUGGAUCCCAUUCUGGCCUAUACGGCCGGGGCCGAGAUCGAGCAACUGCAGUGGUCCUCUUCCCAGCCCGAUUGGGUUGCAAUUGCCUUCUCCACCAAGCUUCAGAUACUCAGAGUAUGAAUAUAUGAGCUGUAACAUAUGACCACUGACCAGGCAGGCAGGCAUUCACUUCACUAACUGCUUCAGAGUCCAGUUCGCCAUGAAUUCAAUAUCAUUGCUCAGCUCAGCAGCUCUUCUGUCUCAACCGUCAGUCAGUAGUCCUCCUUCCUUCCUAGUUCCCAGUUCCCAGUUCCCAGUUCCUAGUCAUAAUUGAGAUACUACUGCCAUGCCUUGUUUUGCCCUUGCUCCUUACUUUAUUGAUGAUGAUUGAUGUCACAGUAGCUGAAGUUGAAGCCAUAUAUGCUGCUAGUAUUAACUAUUGCAUUUCAUGCUCUUUGCCUUCUAAAUUUCUAACGAAUAUGCAUCCUGGUUGAUGGUAGUCUUAGAAUCCUGCUAAUUAAAUUUAUUGAAUUCUAGCUUUUGUUCUUCCGUCUGUCAUCUAGAUUGCUCAAUAUUUAUUAAAAAAUACUGUCAUUUCCCCCAUUUUGGCUA